ACGUUGAUAGGCUGGGUGUAUAAAAGGGCAUGGCAAGCAGGCCCAGACACAACCAGGGAGACCCACCAACACCAAAGCCUAACUACAUACAAUGUCCAAAAUGGGCCGGAUCGUCUUCUACGAGGAUAAGAACUUCCAGGGCCGUCGCUAUGAGUGCGACAGCGACUGCUCCGACUUCCACGCCUACCUGAGCCGCUGCAACUCCAUCAGUGUGGAGAUUGGGGCCUGGGUGGUGUACGAGAGGCCCAACUACACGGGCUACCAGUAUGUCCUGACCAGAGGGGAGUACCCAGACUAUCAGCGCUGGAUGGGCCUCAACGACCACCUCAGCUCCUGCAAGACCAUCCACUUUACCAGUGGGAGCCAGUACAAGAUGCAGCUGUAUGAAAAGGCCAACUUUGAGGGCCAGGCCCUCAAGGCCACUGAAGACUGCCCCUCCGUGCAGGAGAAGUACCGCUUGAGGGAGGUCUAUUCCUGCAAGGUCUCUGAUGGCUGGUGGGUGUUCUACGAACACCCCAACUACCGCGGCCGUCAGUACUUCCUGGAAAAGGGCGAGUACCGCAAACCUGGGGACUGGGGCGCCAUCAGCCCUGUGGUCCAGUCCUUCAGACGCUACACUGAGUGAUCCUACACUCCACUCCAGCUGGCCCAAACACCCCAACAACAUUAGGAUGAAGUCUCACUCUCUCUCUCUCUCUCUCUCUCUCUCUCUAAUUGCAGUACUUUCAUAUGAGUUAUUUUAAGUCUGAGGUCUCAUCUGAAAUAAAACUUGUCUGGUGAGCAAA